AUAGAGUGCAUACAGCUAUAAUUUGGACUGUCAAUGAGUGAUCAAUCGAGAUUUAGGAAUCUAAUAUAUUUAUAAAUCUAUUUACAGGAAUGAUAAUGGAUAUAAUGGCGCAAUCUCCUGUACUAAGCAUAAAGUUCCUAACACUGCUACUUCUCGUACUUGAAACUACAGCAAAACCACCAAAAACCAAUGCCAGACCAGUCUUUGAGAUCAUCAACGAACAACCAAUUGACAGAAUAGACGAUUUCAAAUCAAACAUUCCAGGAAAUUUACCAUAUGGCAACCCUUUAGCAGGUAAUUCUCAACAAAACGCUAGAUUGCACGCACAAAAUCAACAAGCCAUGUUCAAUGCUGAGAAAGUAAGACAACACAGAGCUCAGUUACAAAGAUGGGCCAAUGUACCACGACCAAUGGAUAGUUACAUGAGAGCAUACCACGAAUCACAAGAAAGUCACCAAAUAGAACUAGAAAAACAGCAGGCCAAUCUAAGAGAUAAAAAACAGGGUAACACUGAUACUAAACUAAAGGCUAGAUCAUCCCAGAAUAAACAAGAGACAUUAAGAAGAGGCGUGAAGGUUAUACCAGAAAUUGUUAAAUUAAAUAAAGAUGCUGCUUUGAAGACCGAAAAAAAUAGAAACCACAGAUCUCACGGUUCAGUUGAAUAUCAACAAUACUUACAGCCUAAUAGAUAUAAGACUGUUUAUGUGUCUCCAGCGCCGACCUACGACCAAGGAGUUACGAUAAAACCUAAUGGAAAUAAUGGUUUAUCAGAUGAGGAAAGUCAUAACUUAUAUACAGAAGCUGUUCCAAGUAAAACUCAAUACGUUUAUCCUAAACAAUACACUCAAAUGCAAAACUACGAGUCUGCUCAAGAUAUUUCUGCACUAAAUUCUAUACUUAAGAAGAAUCCACGAGAUCAAUUAUCAGAAUUAAAUGCUUUAGUCAGUUCUGGUCAUAAUACAAACCAAACACCUAAAGAACUGGAUACUCCUAUUGAUCUAUACUUUUAUUUAAAAGAUUAUCCCGCACAACAUAACGAACAUUCAGUUUAUGGACAAGUACCACCAACUUAUGCAAGUGCUUACACAACUGAAACAAAAGAUCACACCCCUAUCACAGAAGAAGUGGAUGAUAUUGCUAAUCCAAACGCAAAUACAAAAGUGCAGGCAUAUGGUAUUCAAACCGUGUUAGCUACCCAGCCACAAGAUAUUGAGACUACCACUGUGAAAAGUAAUAAUUAUUAUAAAGUCGAAGUUGCUAGUCAGACUAUUACAUCAGGAUAUAAUAAACCUAGUGAACCUAAAGUACAAUAUUAUUUAAAAAGUCAUGAAGAAGAGAGGCCCCGUGCUCUAGCACAUGUUCAACCGUUAAAGUAUUACAAUCCACAUGAAGAUAAUUCGGGAGACCAAAGUGAAAGAUACCUUCAUCAUAACGCGCAAUACACAGGCGUGCAACAUUUGUCUGAAGAUGGAACAGGCGUUUCUGCUUAUGGUGAAGAUAAUCUUCACUACGCAGCCAACUACGAAUUCGGGUAUAGAGUCCGAGAUCACCACAGCGGCAAUGACUUCGGGCAUUCAGAAGCGAAGCACGGCAAAGCUACCAACGGGCAUUACCACGUCUUACUACCGGACGGUAGAAUGCAGAAAGUCAAAUACUCAGCCGGACCCAGUGGAUUCCAUGCUGACAUCACCUAUGAUCAUUUACAUUAGCGAAAACUUGACAUGUAAAUGAUUAUAUAAACUAAAUGUAAUGUAAUGUAAUCGACCUCUCUACGAUCGAUUCCCGUUCAAUUCAAACAGGGAUAGAAAUUACGACGGCCUGAGCCGAGGUUCGAACCCCUAGCGGUGCCCUCACUACACUACUCCUAUC